UCUUACUACGAAUUCUGGUUUUCAUAUACGUUAAUAACUUUGAUUGUUCAGGCACUUAUACUUUGUUAGCGGUGCCGCUUUGUAAUUAGUGCCAUUUUGUUUGUUAUGUGUGGAUAAACUAAACUUACCGAUGUUGUAGCAAGCCGUCUAAUGGCGUCUAAGUUACCUCGUAUAUAUUUACUUUGCUUGUCGUCGUUAGUCUUGAAAGGAAACCGGAUGUUUUUGUCACUAGCACCUGAUUUCGCCUAGUGAAGGUUCCCUCGAGAAGAUGUCAGUGGGAUUCAAAACAAAUGCGGUGGCACCCCGAAACCCCAAGCUGGUUAAACGGGGAGCAAAGAAUGCCCUGAAGUUGGUUCCAUCUGUCUAUGCUCAAGAAAUGUCUCAGAGUACAGAAGAGCGAUUGGCAAACACUUAUGAGAUGCACCCGCCCCGCAUUCUGGAGCUCCUAGAUAUGACGGAGACCUCACAUCAUAAGUUUUCGUCAUUAGAUUUGGACCAGGCCGUGUUUCAGCCAUACCCAUCUGAGAUUGUGUUCCAAAACUGUACACCAUUUCAGACAUACAAGGUGCCUUUAGAGCUUCGAAACAGUGACAAGGUUCCCCGACUAGUGAAGGUGAUUGAGGACGACUCAUUUUAUUUUAAAGUGGUCAGCCCACUAGAAGCUAGUAAGAAAGUGGCUCCAGGCAUGGCAUCAACAUUCACCAUACUCUUCACUCCACAAGAAAACAAGGAUUACAUUCACAGACUCAUCUGUGUUACUGAACGUGAAAAGUUUGAGGUGCCCAUUCGAGCAAUUGGGCCUCGUGCCAUCUUGGACUUCCCAGAUAAUCUGCAUUUCCCAGUCUGUCCUGUGAAGUGCCUGUCACAGAAAACUCUGUUUGUGCGAAAUAUUGGAAAAUGUGAGGCUAAAUUUCAGCUAAGCACACGCAGCCCAUUUUCUGUGGAGCCUUUAGUCGGGACUCUUGAUGUUGGUCAAGGCAUGCAAGUUACUGUUCAGUUCUUGCCAAAAACCACAGGGGAUCACAGUCAGGAUUUGCUGCUUCACUACCACUCAGGAGAAGACAUCAAAAUCAGCCUGUAUGGAGUUUCCAAGGAUGUAGACGUACGAUUGGACAAGAACUCUGUGAUGGUGGAGAAGACCUACAUCUCCUUGGCUAACUAUGAGAAAGUAACAAUAAUGAACAGGAGUGAUUCCAUUGUGCAUUACCAGUGGAAGACCUUUGCCACCCAGGAAGAAGAAGAACAAGACAAAUUAAGGCUUUCUUCCGAGCUUAACCCAGAAGGCGAUGAUAGGAUGGAGAAGUCCCUGACAGAAAGCACUGAUCCCUCUGUGCAAGCGCGUCUUUCGCUCUUUUCUCAGAGCCUCCAGGAGCAACUCCUGCAAACUCAGCAGCAGCUUUUGGCUUUAGAUCGCCAGCACAUCAUCACAAGGCCCCUGGAAGGGGAAAUCUGGCCCAACAGCACUGCAGAGGUGACCAUCAUCUUUAGACCCCAGGAAGCCAAAAUCUACCAGGAGACAAUUUUUUGUGAAAUUACUGGUCGUGAACGUCGGUUGCCGCUCUUCGUACAAGGAGAGGGUAUGGGCCCCAAACUGAAGUUCAACUUUAGCUUUCUAGACAUGGGAAACAUUUUUAUCGGCUCCAAACAGAGCUAUAAGCUGGUUCUGAGCAACAAGGGGCUGAUAAAGGGAACAUACAGGCUAAUCCAACCGAGUACCAUGCUGGGUCUUUGCUUCUCCUUCAGUCCCUCUGAUGGCAUGAUUCCACCCGGAGCUUGUCAGACAAUGGAGGUCCACUUCUCAGCUGAAAUACUGGGCGUCUUCUCUGAGGAGUUACAGUUCAGUGUGGAGGGAAACCCUGAGCCAGUCACCAUCAGAUUGAGGGGGUGUUUAAUUGGCCCUACAUUCCACUUCAACGUCCCAGAACUGAACUUUGGGGAGGUGUCUGUUGGGUUUCCUCAAACGCUGACAUGUUGCCUUAGCAACACAUCAAUGGUGCCUAUGAGCUUUGGGCUUCGCAUCCCCGGAGAUGGCACUGGACAGUCCAGUAUUACCAGCGCGGAUCAAAUCGCUCAGCUCAACAGAAAUGACUGGGCGCUGGGAGAAAAAACAGGAGAGAAAAAUAAAGAGUUUCUUUUAUCGCUCACCACAGGCGCAGUUUGUGCUUUAAGUGAGAUUGACAUCCAGUUAACCUUAUGCUCCAACACCGUGCAAGACUACAAUCUGGCUUUAGUUUUGGAUGUUCAAGGUGUUGGGGAGGAAGUUUUCGCUUUGGCAAUUAAAGCCAGAUGCAUUGUGCCUGAUGUGACCAUCGAGAACCCGGUUCUACAGUUCCAGCAUGUUUUUCUGGGUCGUGCAUAUGAGGAGUCAGUGAAACUCAUCAAUGACACCAAUCUCCCUGCAUGCUAUGGGCUUCUGCCACAGCUGCAACAGGAGGACCCCCGUCUUUUAUAUUCAAGUGAUCAUCUGCGAGGGGUCAUUCAACCCCACAGCACAGUACAGAUGCCAUUAGUUAUUGUGGCCAAGGCAGUGGGCAGCAUGCAGCAGACAGCUUAUAUUGCCAUACUAGGUCGUCAAGAUCCACCUUUGGAGCUUCUCCUGUCCUGUGUUGGCCAGGGUCCCUCUGUUUCCGUCACUUCUGCCAAGCUGAACUUUGGCUGCAUUCCAGUGCUGAUUGACGUCCCAAUGACUUUACAGCUGUCAAACAACUCUCCAAUCCCAGCCGGAUUUCUCGCUCAAAUGGUGAAGAACAAGUCUCAUUGGCAUGUGGAACCCAGUGAAGGAGAAAUUCCUCCAGAGGAGAGUUUGGAUUUAAAGGUGAUAGCGCAUCUUUAUGACACAGUGGCCUUCCAGGAUGAACUGCUGCUGGAAAUCCAGGACAGCCAAACGUAUGCAAUACCUGUAUCUGCCAAAGGAAAGGGCACAACCAUCGUCACUGACCGACCAUUUGCUCCCAGCUUAGAUUUGGGCAUCCACUUUAGCUCUGGACCAUGUCAGUAUCACUUUAGAAUUACAAACCGAGGACGACGCACUCACAAAUUAUCAUGGAUCACAGAGGGAUUUGCACAGCUCCACAGUAGAAGCCCUGUAUCGCCCAUCAAGCCCAAGACCACGAAGAUAAAAAGUCUGCAGAGUUCAGUUCAAGAAGCCCCAGUCUUCAGGCUAUCACCUGCACAUUUUACACUUGCCCCUGGCCAAACCACUGAUAUGCUGCUGGAGGGCUCUUCUGACAUCCCCAAGGUGGUUAGAGAGAAACUGGUGUGCCAUGCUGUAGUUGGACGUCAGUAUGAGAAAGAGGUCAUCAUGACUGCUGAUGUCACAUGCCAGUUUGUCUCCCCAGCUGUAGACAUCUCAUCCCAGCAAGUCAGCUUCUAUGUAGAAAAGGCUGCAGAUGUGUCUCUGGUUCCCCUGUAUCAGAGACUGGUCCUAAAGAACAUGUCCUCUCUGAACCUCUCAUUAAAACUGACCCUGCGUGAGCCCUUCGCCUUGUGUGCUUAUGAGGGAGAUGAGUUGUUUAAAACCUCAAAGGGUCUGGGGUUGGGUGUUGGAGCUCAAGAAGAAGUAUGGGUGUGUUUCAACCCCAUGUUUCAGCAGGACCGUUUCAGCCGCGUGGUUGAGGAUGUGCUUGAACUCUGUUACGACAACCACCCGCAACGGGACAGGGUGGCGUUACGGGGUGAGGUGCACUUCCCCAAUCUUGAGUUCUCCAGCACCACUCUUGACUUCGGCUGCAUUCUUAACUACACGAAAUCCAGACGCAAGCUCACCAUGACCAACUGCAGCCCGCUCUGCGUUUCUUACCGUUGGAGCUUUCUGGUAGACCGACACCAAUGCCAUAUUGGGUUUUUUGAUGUGGAGAGCCGGGGGAUCGAAGGAUUCUCGCUAGGGAAUGGAGAGGAGAGCGAGGAGGCACGGUGGGAGCUGUUAGAGACGAAAGAAGCUGACGGCAAGACGGACCCGAAUAGGGAAACCGACAUAAUCAGACCUUGCGUGGAUAAGGGAUCCAAUGGACAGGAGAAGAACAGGACUUACUCGAGACAAAGAUCAGCGAGUACAGAACUAGGGACCACACCCAUUGAUCUGACAGCCAAGGGGCAUCCGAGUGUGGGUGUGAAGGAGGUCUUCAAUAUCUCUUCACUGUAUGGAGAACUGCAGCCUGGUGACACCAAACUAGUGACCUUCUCGUUUCUCGGUCAUGCUGACAUCAGUGCCCAUGCUUUGGCAUUGUGUGAGGUGGAGGGAGGGCCCACCUAUGAGAUCGCACUCAAGGGUCAAGCCUCUUCUGUUUCAUAUAGUCUGGACACGAAUGACAUUGACUUCGGCUUGCAGUUGUUUGACCAUGUGGCAGAGGCAGAGAUCACCCUGAAAAACACUGGAAAAGUUGGCUUUGAUUUCUCUGUUCUACCUGGUGCACAGGGGCUCUCUGUUGACCAGCCCUUACCUGGUCAACCUCUUAUCAUCCCAAGUGAGGGUCACCUGAAGUCACAUGCAGAAAUAAGACUCGGUGUAUACUAUCUACCAGGGACCCCAGAGAUCUUUCACGAGACCUUUCAUUUGCAAUUGGCUUUCAACGAGACAGAGAACAUUACUAUAAGAGGAGAGGGCAUUUUCCCUCGAGUGUAUCUGGACCUGCCUAGAGAUCUGAAUGAAGAGAUAUAUGGCUUCCUGCUAAAGGAGGCCAAAAAUCGGGUGGAGAGCGAGAAACCAAGAGAGGGGGAGCUGAGCAGGUCCGCCACAGAUAAGGAGGAUAUGCCAACGGAAGAUGACUAUAUUCCCACCUAUGAUAACCUGCUCCAGAUGGAGCUAGAGCGGCUCCUUGUGAAGGAAAAUGCCAUAGCUGUACAGAAACAGCUUCAAGCCAGUGAUCAUAGAGGGACAGCAGGGUCCACUACCAGCAUGCUCAAGAAGCUCAGCAAGUUAAGCUUGCCUGAAUACAUACUGGACUUUGGGUAUGUCAUCAAAGGCAGUGUCACGACCCACAUUGUCAAAAUAACCAACACUUGUCCAUUGCCUGUGUCUUUGAGAGCCGUCCGGAGCUCGACAGGCACAGGCUUUAGUACAGAAUUGGACAAGGUUCAGAAUUUGCCUUUCUGUGAGACGGAGACGUUUGAGGUGAAGUUUGAUGCCUGUGGUGAUAACCUGGACUUGGGAAAGAUCAAUGCCGUUUUGCCCAUACAGGUGGUUAAAGGGCCUCAGGUGCAGGUGCGUUUACGUGCGGAGGUCACCGUGCCCUCUCUCACAGUGUCUACAGACACACUGCUGUUUGAUACCAUUCAGUGUGGCUUUUGUCAGGUGGCCACGGUCCAGUUGUAUAACCAUGGGCCGGUCCCCUGUGAAUGGAGCAUCAGACAGGAGGAGCGUCCAAAGAAGAUUGACAAGCACACCCCGCUGUACCUCAGGCGCCAGGCUCGGCUUAAACAGCGGCCUCCUCCUGUUAUCUUUGAGAUGAUGCCUUCUGACGGCUCACUUUAUCCUGGUGACAGAAGCAACGUGCAGGUCAAAUUCAGUCCAGCAGAGGGGAGGGCGUACAGUCAAAGGCUAGUGAUAACAAUGGCUCAGAGCACUCAGAAGAUCCUGCUGCUGGCCCAGGGUCAAGGAGAUGAACCUCAGCUGGAGUUUUCCUCUUCAGAGUUACAACUGGGGCCUGUCCUGCACUAUAGUGAAGGGACGAUGGCUGAUGUGAUGGUCCGCAACCCUUGUUCAUUUCCUGUUGAGUUUUACUCUGUGGAUUUCGACAAGCAGUACCUAGAAGAAGAGGAGAUUUUGCGAAUGGUGAAAGGAUAUGAUGCUCAAAACGUGUUGCUUCUGCCUCCUCGUGCUCCUGGCGAGACUCUGCCCCAGGAGCUGUUGGACUUCUAUAAAGAGUGCUGCUCACAAGAAACCAAGGAAUCUGGGGAGGGUUUACCUGAAAUAGACACUGACGACGCAGCCGCACCGUCUGAGCCUGAAACACUCAACAGUAAAGACCUGGGUAAAGAUGACAGCACCACUCGCCCUGCAGUGGGAGAUCUGGAAUACGACCUUGUUUCUAGAGCCAUAGCUCGUCACUUGGGCAUUGAUCUUUCUCCAGAAGGAAAAGCUGCCCAAAAUCGCCGGGGCAUUGCCAUCAUCGUGCACGGUGCUCCUUUGUCAGGUAAAACAAGGACCGCAGUUACUCUGGCUAAGCACUACGGGGCGGCUUGUCUCAGUAUAGAUGAGGUGGUGCAGGAGACCAUGUCAUCUGGGAUCAGCUCUGCAGGCCUGAGAGCGAGGGAUCUGUGUGCCCAGGAUGCAAUGGAGGAGGCUGAAGUGGAUACGGUGGCAACACCCGGUCAGGGUCCUGGUGUUCUCAGUGUAGAAGCAGUAGCCAAACACACAGCAGAGGGCAGUCAAAUCAGCGACCGCAAAGUCCCCUCAUCAUCCGCCUCGACCCGUAACAAAACCACCAUCACAGGGCAUUCACAGAAGAACAGCAUUUCUGCUGCAGCCGCUCCUUCAGUGGUUGGUCAGACACACAGACGUGCAAGCGUGACUGCCAGUCCUGACACUGGAGGGCUGACCAAUGGCCUCCUGCCUGAAGAUCUGCUGGUAGAGAUCCUGUCAGACAGACUGCAGCUUAGCGACUGUCACCGUGGUGUCGUAAUUGACGGGUUGGAGACACAGUAUUGCCGCUCGCUAAGUAACACGCUCCAGAUCGUCCUACAAGCUUUCAAUAACCGCCGCCAUAUUUAUUUUAUCAACCUCUUCAGCAGCUACAGUGUCUUUAAGCGCAGGAAACAGGACAGGUUUGACCAAGAGCAAGAAAUAAGACGACAACAGGAGCUUGAGGAUUUAAGACAGGAGGAUGAGACACCUAAUGAGGACAGCGAAACCAAACCCAAACAUCUGGCAUUGGUGGAGGAUCAAGCACGAGAGCUGCAGUCCAGUGAGUGUGACACAGAGCUAACAGCCCGAUUCCAGCUGUACGAACAGAGCCAGCCAGAAGUCCAGCACAUUCUUCAGUUCUGGGACCGAACCCAAGGAUUUUUACUGCAGCCCCGCGUCUCUGAGGUCCUAGAGACUGAGGAGACCACGGAAGUCCCUGUCCCCACUGCCAAGAAAAAUAAAAAAGAACGAGAGAAGGAGAAAGUGGAGAAAGAGAAGCUGAAGGCAGACACGGUAGAUCUUAAAUCUCCAGUUCCUAGCCAGGCCCAUGUGACAGUUGACGAUACAGAGGGUUUCGAUAGGAUGAUGGUGUCAGAGCCCAUCCCCCACGUCUGGCUGUCUAUCCAACACAACAAUCACCAGAGUGGAUUCGAGAUUAUCAGUAGCAUGAAACUACCCUCCCUUGAGGAGACCUUGGAUGAGUUAGGGAUAGGACCCAAAGGCCCGCCCAUUCCUCCACCUAUAAUAUUUUCCAUAGUCCAGUACCCCAAGAAGAGAUCAGCGCCCAGCGUUCAGCCUUCCAGUUAUUUUACCUUCACGGUGCCUGCGUCUCCUGAGGACAUGGCUGAAGAGAAAAAAGAUGAAGACCAGGGUUCAGAUAUUAAGGACCUUGUCUCAUCUGUUAAGGAGGGUAUGACAGUUAGUGAUACAAGCCAAAGUAUUCCUUUUGGGUACAACAGGCUCACUCCUUUUCGCUGGGUUGUGCCACCUAAUGGAGCAGUGACGUUUAGGAUCACAUUUCACCCUACAGUUGUUGGAAAAUUUGAUCAGACUUUCAGCUUUGAGGUGAUGGGGACCAAGCGAUGUUAUCAGCUGCUUUGCAGUGGAAUUUCUGCUAACCCAUCUAUAAACAGAGACCACAAGGUGUUGUUUGCACACUGCAAAAAGACCCUGCGGCCUGAGAGUGGGCUACAGAAGACCUACAUCAUCCAGUCUGAUGUGUAUGACUAUGGACCCUUAUUGUGUGGGAAGACCAGAGAGAGGUAUAAAGAAAAUUUUCCUGAGAACAUGGAGAAGUUUGUCAUUCACAACAAUUCCUUAAUGGAGGCUGAGGUCAAUUUUUACUUCCAACAUGACACCAAGGCCACUACUUUCUUUCUUGACCCGUCAAAUAUGACCCUGCAGCCCAAUGAGAAAAAAGCACUGACAGUGUGGGCCUAUCCCAACACUCCUAAACAAAUUAAGGACAAUGUGGUGUGCUGCAUCAAGGGGAACCCAGAGCUGGCUGUGUUCUCUGUGUGCUGCACAGGAGUCAGACCCGAACUCGAGCUGGACCACAAGCUCCUCCAAUUCGACAAGAUUCCGCUGUACAGAACAGAAACUCGGACACUGUGGUUGCACAAUAACACUCUUCUGCCGGCUGCCUGGAAGCUGUGGGGUCUUGAUAUGCUGGGGGAUGAAUUCAGCGUGUCACAGAACGAAGGGAUCGUCAUGCCUCAUUCGAAAUUCUGCCUGCACAUGAAUUUCAUGGCCAGGGUCCCCGUCAAAAUGAAGAGAGCCAUUUGUUUAGAGGUGUCGGAUAUGGACGGUAUUUUUGGCAUUGUUCAACAUUCAGAGAACAUUCAGGUCAUCGCAGAAGCCUAUGAUAUUGCAGUGGACAUACACCUUCCAGAAGGUUCUGAGGGUUCACUAGAUUUUGGAAUAAUCAAAGUAUCAGAAGAGGUGAAACGUACUAUUAAGUUGGAAAACAAAGGGAAAUAUGACAUCGCCUUUAAGUUUGCACUGAAGCCCACAGAGCCAGGAAUGCCAGAUCUGAACUCCAUAUUCUCCAUCACCCCUCAAAAUGGCUGCCUACGCCCCAACAAUAGGCCCACCAGUAUUCAGAUUACUUUUCAGCACAAUAAAGAGAUGUCCAUCAAAGAUAACCCAAUCCUUUGUUGCCAGGUUAUUGAACCCAAUCUGGAUGGCGGUGAGACCAUAAACACUAAUCCAAUCAAAGUGUCAGUCCAAUCGCUCUACUCUAAAUAUAGCAUCAAUCCCUCCAACAAUAUCAAUUUUGGCGCACUGGUGUUUGGCUCGCGCAAGAAACAGAUUUUUACUGUGGAGAACAAAGGCCACUUUGAGAUGAGUGUCAACAUCAGAAUGUGUAAAAAUCUCACAGUUCCAGCACAGAGGAAAGGCUUGUCAAGUAAAAAGGCAUCAAAAGACAGUUAUGCGAAUAAACCGCCCAGCGCCAGUGAGUUACGACACACUUUGCACAGCGAGACUGGCACGCACACGCAGACACAAACCUUGAGUGUUUUCUCAUUGUCUCCAUGCACGGGCAUUCUGGCACCUGGAGCACAACUGCAAGUGAAUGUGGAUUGCAAAGCAGAGCACGCAGGCAAAUGGGUGGAAUGUCUGGCUGUAGACAUCUCUGACAGAGACCCUUCUGACAACCCAGACGGGAUUCCAUACAAACUGGUGGCAGAAGUUUGCAUGCCAGGAAUAGCGAGUACAGAUGUUGCUUCUAUCUUUGAGGAGCACCGUAUCUGUAAGAACAGCAGCAUGCUGCAGUGUGAGCAGUACCGGGACAGUAUGGGCGUCUAUGUGCAGGAUGAGAACAAGUUUAUCUUUAACAAUGUGCUGGUUGGUCGGUCAGCCAAAGCCCAGUUCCGCAUAACCAAUCCGGGGAAAGUGGCAUGUGAACUCAGCCUUGUGAUCAGAUCAGUCAAGCCAUCGCCUCAAACUGCAGAAGUUUUCGAAUUGACCCCCACAAAGAUGUAUAUCGCCAGCCACUCGCAUGCAUUUGCCACGGUCACCUUUUCUCCAGUGGCUAUGCAGAUGUGUCACGCAGUCUUCGAGGCGACUCUGAAAGGCACCACAAGUCAAGCCCCUGGCAACAGGAACAAAGCUCUGGUAUUUGAUGUAAUGGGUGAAGGCAACUUGCCCAGCGUCACUGUUCUGAGACCGGUUCAGAGGACUAAUCGAGGUCACCCAGUGCUGCAGUUUAAGCGCUUGUUGGUGGGCCGAAGCCAAAGUUUUCCAUUAGUGAUCAGGAACAAUGGAAAUGUGCCUGCACAAGUUAGCAUUGUUCACCAGUAUCACCUGGAUGUUUUUACUCUGAAAGCUGCUGCUGGCACUGUAUGCAGACUUGCGUCCUCGUGCAUUGAAGGAGAUGCUGGAAAAGAAACACAAUUCGCUCAUGUAGCCUCUCUGACACUCGUGGCUGGGCAACAAGCAGAAUUCCAGGUUGGGUUUCAUCCAAAGGUAGCCCAAAGCUUUGAAGCCAGCAUGAAGGUCAUGGUGCAGGAAAACCAGUACGAUCAGACAGUGGUGCAGCUUGUGGGUGAGGGUUACCAUGACAUCAUCAUCCUGGACAACCUAGGAAGCAAGGUUCAGCAGGAUAUCACUGAAAGCUCAUCUGACCUUCAUUUUGGAGACUGUCACGUGGGCCACUCUUAUCAAGAAACCUUCACCAUGACAAACCCAAGCGAAUCCAGAGUGCUGCGGUUUGAAUGGUUUCCCAGUGGCCCGGAGCUGAGCCUUUCCCCACAGGUCGGUCACCUACAUUCCGGGUGUUCCAAAGCUGUGACGGUGACCUUCUGCUCGGAGCAGCCCGUCGUACUAAACGCUCAAACAAUUACAUGUAAACUUAGCAGCAUCACCUUUCAGCAGCCUAUAGACCAGGUCCCAGACUGGGACGAUUGUCACAGGACUGUUAAAUGGGUGGAUGUAGACAAUAAGUCAUCACAGAGGCCUGCCAAACAGAAGGUGGUAGUGACAGACCCUGAGCCGCUUCACUCUGUGAUGGAGGAUUCCUCAAGAGAUGUGGAGCUGAAAGUGAGCGCUACAUGUGAUUACAGCCAAUACCAAUGUGAUACUGCACCCAUCCGCUUCAAAGACACAAUGCUCUACCAGACCAGAGUCUAUAAGCUUCAGAUGGAGAAUAAAGGCAGUGUUCAUAUGGAAUAUUCAUGGCAAGUUUUAAUGGAAACGUAUGGAAAGACUGCAUGCUUUGGACAAGGAGGUACAACCUCUCGUUCAGCUCAUGGCAGGAGGACACCACUGAGACCAGCCAGCUCUUUGCAGGAUGUGGCUUCUCUACUGCUAGGAGACCCAGAGCUCCCUCGCUUCAGCGUUGAACCGGGUGUAGGAUCUAUCAGCCCUGGGGCGAGUCAAACGUUCCACGUCCGCUUCUCCCCUUUGGAAGUGGCUGAGUUUGAGGCCAGGUUGAUCUGCAGUAUCCCUAAUCUAAAGGACGGGCAGAGUCCAGUAAUCACUGUAAGUGGCCACAGUUUGCUGCCAUACUGCCAUUUCCACCUUAAGGAUUCAGACUACCUGACUGCAAACAGACGUGACCCAGAGCUCCACAGUCUCCCUAACGUCGACCCAAAUACCAGUGUUAUAGAAUUCACUUCUGUGGGUAUCGGCACAUCUGUUCACAGGGAAUUUGGUAUUGUUAAUCCUACAAACAAGCCAUAUUCUUUCAUGUGGAGACGUGAGGACUCUGGCGAUUCCCGUUUUAAAUGCUUUACACCAAACAAGUCCAUUCAACCUGGAAAAGAAGUGAAGGUCUCGUUUCAGUACCAGGCGUUGGACCUGGAGCUAGUGGAAUCUUACUGGACCUUCUUAAUCCCAGAACACAACCUGUCUUUGCCCUUCCUCCUGGUGGGGACUGCCAAUGAGCCUGUGGUCUAUAUUGAUCGAGCUCACGUGAAUUUGGGCAGUCUGCUUGUAGGUUUUGAAGCUCAUCAGACUGUGUUUGUGGUGAAUAGUGAAGAUCAGCCGUUUCGUUUCAACGUCCAGGAGACCUCCUGCCACUCUGAGGGCUUCCAUGAAUCCUUGGUGCUAGAGCCCAUGGAGGGAACAGUUCCAGCCGAAAAUAAGAUCCCAUUGAUUAUACGGUUCACUCCCACUCGAGAGGGAAAUGUCAGUUUUAAUUUGGUCAUGACGGUGCAGAAGAUGCUCCAGCCUCUGACCAUGAAUGUGAAGGGAGAGUGUUACAGCAUGAACGCUCGUGUGCAAUAUGAGAGCCCAGAGGAGUCCAUUGUAGAGCUUUCAGAAAGCCAUAUUCACCCCGUGGACUUCAAACAGGUGGAGCUAAAUGAUAAAUCCACAUGUACCUUUGUGGUGUCUAAUCCUGGAAAAUUCAGAUUAGACGUCGAGUAUGAUCUGUCUGGACCAGCAGCGCUACAGCCCCACCUGCAGGUGGAACCUGAAUUCGACACCGUGCCUGUAGGUGGACAAAGCUACUGCACCGUGACCUUCUGCCCUCAACGGAACUGUGUGCUUAGAGAACUGACAUUUUCCAUUAAGAUAAAGAACGGCCUGACAUUCUGUUGUUCUCUGAUGGGUUCAGCUUUGGCUCCAGAUCUUGAAUUUUCUUUUCUCAAGUACAACUUUGGAAUGCAUUUUAUACAUUGCAUUGGGAUGAAACCUGCUACGCACACACUGGUGAUUAGCAACAGAAACAACAGAGGAAUCAGUCUAGACUGCUUGUUCUCCAACACACCCGUCCUGGAGGUCAGCUACACCCCUCAGGUCAUUCCCCCCGGCGGUUCUGUGGAGGUGCUCUUUUCAUUCUACCCACGCAAAGCAGUUCGCUACCACGAGAAAGUGGUUUUUGAGAUGAACAAGUGUGCCAAGCAAAUAGUGGAGAUCUUGGGUCAGGGGAUUGAGAUGAAGAUUAACUUGGAAGACCCGGCGCAUAAAAUAGUACAUUUUGGAGCCUUGCAAACUUGGCAGCGGAGUCGCAAAUUGGUCCCUCUGGUGAACAACAGCCACUGUUCUUUAACUUUUACUCUCAUUCGCACACACUCUGAUGAUGUUCUCAGAGACUCUAAGGUCCUAUCAGUGCGUCCAGAGGGGCAGGUGACACUGAAAGCAGGAGGGGGCCGCUGUGUAGCCGAGCUUCUCUUCUCUCCUGAACAACGCAUGCCUCCUUUCACAGAGGAGCUGCAGCUGGAGUGUCUGGGUGCUGUGCGCCCCCUGCUGGUCAUGAAGGGUUGCUGUCAGGGCGUGGAGGUUGGUCUGGACACAGACUACCUUCAGUUUGGAGCGGUGGUCCAGCGCUGCCAAGCCACGCGUCACGUUAUCAUGCAGAACACUGGGGACAUUGGGGCGAGAUUCAAAUGGGAUGUAAAGAGCUUUGCACCAGACUUCGUUAUUUUUCCUGCUGAGGGCUAUAUAACCCCAGGAAUGGAAGUAUCCCUUGAAGUGACUUUUGCCCCCAUGGUGAUAAGUCAAGAUCUGCGAUAUGAUGACCUCUGCUGCACUAUAGAAGGGGGUAAACCUUUAAAACUCACCAUCACUGGCUCCUGUAUUGCCCCUGCGGUCGCAACAGAGGUGGUGAAUUUUGUGUGUCCAGUGCGCAGUCAGUACACUCAGUCUGUGACUCUGCCCAGUCGCAUUAACCAGCACUGGACUCUGAAGUGUGUCAUAGAGGGAAAGCACUGGAGCGGGCCGCCCACUCUCCUCGUUGAUCCCCCACAACAGAACACCUAUGAAAUCACAUACAAACCUUUAGUCAUGACUGCAGACGGGCAGAGGCACGAGGGCUCUGUGUUCUUCUGCUUCCCUGAUGGCAAUGGAAUACUAUACAUAUUGCAUGGCACAGCCGAGCCACCAAAGGCUGAAAGCACCAUCACCGAAGAGAUAGAAUGCAAAAGCCACCACACACAGAUUGUAUCUGUUCACAACUGGCUGCCUAGACCUCAGCGGUUUCGUGCUAUAAUGGAGCUGAUCAAAUCUGAUCGUUCAGAUGGCAUCUUUUCCCUGAAGGGCAUGGAAUACAUUGACGUUCCACCACUGGAGAAGAGGAACUACACAGUUUCCUUCUUCACUUACAAAGAGGGCCAGUACAAUGCUAAAGUGACGUUCAAGAAUGAAGCAACAGGUGAAUAUCUGUUCUACAAUCUCAACUACAAAGCAACGCCCCCAGGUGUGAUCGGCACUAUAGAAAUGGUAACCCGGGUGAGACAGAUGGCAUCGGGAUCCGUGGAGGUGGAGAACCCUCUUCUCGUGGACCUGUACUUCUCUGCAGAGUGCCAGAAUGCAGAUAUUAAUGUGCCUCCACAGUUCUUCGUGCCUUCCCAGUAUAAGGGAACACUGACAUUUGAAUACCAGCCUCUGUGUGAGGGAGAGACCAAAGCUCGCCUGGUGUUAUAUGCUGCUGAACUCGGCCACUUCUUUUAUGAGCUUCAGUUAAAGGCGCUGCCUGCACCCCCCGAGAAGCCCCUCUAUUUCAAAGCGCCCCUCGGCAGCAGACACAGCAUCACAGCAAAAUUCACCAACUACUCUCGUGUCAAGACCGAAUACAUUUGCAAGGCGGACAGCCCCAACUUUAUUGUGGAAAAGUCCAUUAAAACGGCACCAGGGAACCAAGCAGGCACGGACGUCAGUGUGACUGUCCAUUUUGAACCUUGCCACCUGGGAGAAAUCCACAGCCUGCUCACCAUCUCCUCAGAGUUAGGAGGAAAGUAUGUCUUCCCUCUGUAUGGCACCUGCACCCCACCCAAAGCUCAGGGUCCCCUCAACAUCAGCUCAGGCUCAAGUGUUUCUAUAGCCUUUAAGAAUGUCUUUCAACAGGCCACGACCUUUUCCUUCCACGUGGACAACCCUGUCUUCACUAUCAAGGGUACAGAGACUAUUUCACCCCAGAAGACCCAGAACAUACAGGUUAUAUUUGAGGGUCCUCCCGUGGGCUCCAGGGGCCCGUGUCACGGAAAGAUGACAAUUUCCUGCCCACGGAUAGAAGCCCAUGGACAGGGUAUCUUCUGGGUUUAUUACCUGAAAGGUAACAGUCCAGAGCUGGCUUCAGAGAAAAAAACAUCCUAACCAGCAGCAAGAGAUGGAAGGAGAAGCCUGCUGUUCUCUGGUUUAAAGGCUUCUUGAUCAUGCUUAAAAUAUUUGCAGCUUUAAAUAUUUUUUCAUGCAAUGACUUCGGAAGUUGAUUUUCUAGCACUUCAGGUCUUUUUUUCAUUUUAGCUUAUUUACAGAUAUUUUUGCGUAUUUAUUGUCGGCCUUUCAAAAAACAUG